CCCUUUACUCUCGUUUUGAUUUUUAUGCACCGACCACCAUGUCAGUUGAAGUGGAAUCCGAAGAUGUGAUUAGACUUAUUCUCCAGUUCUUGAAGGAAAACAAUUUACAACAUUCACUCGAGACUUUACAAGAAGAAACGUCGGUUUCAAUCAAUACUAUUGAGAAUCGGGAAACGUUCAUUCAAGACAUUACGGAAGGAAAAUGGGAUACCGUGCUCAAAGAUAUCAUUCAUUUAAACAUUGCGCCUCGCAAGUUGAUCGAUCUAUAUGAACAGGUCGUAAUUGAACUAUGCGAACUACGCGAACUUGGAGGUGCAAGGACUUUAUUGCGACAAACUGAACCGAUGCAUAUCAUGAAACAACGACAACCGGAACGGUAUUUGCGGUUGGAGCACUUACUAUCACGGUCUUAUUUCGAUGCAAAGGAAAUUUAUUCGGAUGGAUUAACCAAGGAAAAGCGUCGACAGAUUAUUGCACAAGCUUUGUCUACCGAGGUUACUGUAGUCCCACCUUCGCGUUUAAAAACCUUACUAGGCGAAUGUGCAACAUGGCAACAGCACCAAGGCAUAUUACCCACAGAUGCGAAAAUCGACUUCUUCCGAGACGCAGCAGCAACGCAGAAGGCGGAAAAUGACAGCCCUGCUUUCAAUUUGUAUAGUACUAUCAAGUUUCCUGGAUCAAAAACAUACGCUGAAUGUGCAGCAUUCUCUCCAAAUGGUCAAUAUCUGGUCACUGGAUCAGUGGAUGGCUUCAUUGAAAUCUGGAAUCACGUGACCGGAAAGCUACGAAAAGAUUUGAAAUAUCAGGCUGAUGAAAACUUAAUGGCGAUGGAUAAUUCAGUGAUCUGCUUGGCAUUUAGCAGGAAUAGCGAGUUGCUUGUCUCUGGAUCCACGGAUGGUAAAAUUGCAGUCUGGAAAGUGCAAUCCGGUAUCUGUCAACGACGGUUUUCACCUGCACAUAGUCAAGGUGUGACAUCGGUUUCCUUCAACAAGGAUGGCAGCCAGUUAUUAAGUUCGAGCUACGACCAAACCGUCAAGAUCCACGAUCUACGGUCUGGAAAAAUGCAGAAAGAAUUUCGAGGUCAUAAAUCAUUUGUCAAUGGUGCGCUUUAUUCAAAUGACUAUUCCAAAGUUUUGAGCGGUUCAAGCGAUGGAUCUAUCAAGAUCUGGGAUACCACUGAUGCGUCAUGCUUAGCCACGUUUCAUCCAGCAUUAUCAAACCCAACAGCAGCCAUCCAAAGCAUGGUGACUGUGCCAAAAGCUGCAGACCAGUUUGCUGUAUGCAGCAAAAGCAAUGUCAUGCAUAUAGUAUCAGCACAAGGGAAAGCCCUUCAAUCAUUCAUGUCAUCCGGAAAAUCAGAUUAUGUCUCUGUGGCCAUGUCACCUCAAGGCCAGCUGAUCUAUGGCGUAUCCGAAGACUCGACAGUGUCGUGCUUUGAGACAGGAUCCGGAAAGCAAAUCAAGAUGGAGAAAAUUGGUAAUAACGAAGUAAUCGGCAUCGUCAGUCACCCAUUUACAAACAUAUUGGCUGUGUACGAUGAUGGUGGUCAUAUUUUUUUGCAUAAAGCAGCAGCAGCUGAAAAAGAAUAAACGUUUAAUAACGGUUUUCUAACAAUGGGCUUAUUACAGCAUCAAUAGAAGAUCA